ACCUGAUCAAGAUGAUAGGUUUCACUAUUCUCCAGGAUUUGUCUAUUUCCACCUCCACACUCGGAAAUGUCGCACGAACGGAAAUAUGUACCUUGGCAUAUGCUCCCCUAAGAAUUGUGCUUGGGAAUAUCUACGAUGUUGAAAGAUGUUAUCUCAGAGAUAUACUUCUCACUCUGCUGAAAAAAAGGACCAGCCCAAGUGAGAGAGGGUCAUAAUCCCAAGUCUUUAUCUGCAGCUAUGCUCACUUCAGCUGCUGUUCUAGCCUUGCUCGCAGGGGCUUUGGGGUUGGUUUACAUCUUGACUAUCCCAGGGAGGCGGGCAAAGACAUUGCCGCCCGGCCCUCCAACAUUGCCAGUCAUUGGGAAUAUUCACCAAAUUCCCCUCAAAAAAACCUACAUCCAGUUCUCGAAAUGGGCGAAACAGUACGGAGACAUAUAUUCGUUGAAGGUCGCUUCCGGGACCACCGUGGUGAUCUCCAAGAGGCGCUUGGUCAAAGAAAUCAUGGAUAAGCAAAGCUCUUUGAGCAGUUCCAGACCAGUUGCCUACGCAGUCGACAAGUUGGUGUACAAGGGCGACUUCUUGUUGUUGAUGAAUUCCAAUGAUCCGCGUUUCCGGGCCGGUCGAAAACUCUUCCAUCAGUUUUUUAUGGAAUCGAUGGUCGAGAAGAAGCACCUUCCAUUUAUCAACGCAGAAGCCACGCAGCUGAUGCGAGACCUUUUGGUCGACCCGGCGAAUUUCAUGCUACACGCGAAGCGAUACGCAAAUAGUUUCAUCAUGAGCGCCACCUAUGGCAUUCGGACACCAGACAUUCAAACACCACACUUUAAGCAGAUUAACCACAUAGGCGAACAUAUGACCGAAUUGGUCAUGCCAGGAGCGUUGCCUCCCGUAGACAUCUUCGGCUUCCUCCAUUAUGUUCCCGAAAGAUUCCUCGACCACUGGAAAUCAAGGUGCCUUGAAAUGCAGAAAGCAAGUGAUGCUCUCUAUGGCCACCUGAUGGAAUUGGUGAUGGAGCGCAGAAGGAAGCGGGGACCAAAAGAAACAUUUGCGGACCAGAUCGUCGACCAACAAGACAAACUUGGGUUCUCCUGGCACGAAAUGCUCUACAUGACCGGCGUCGUGCUGGACGCGGGAACCGAGACCACCGCCAACGUGUGGAUCAUCCUUGUCCAGAUGCUGACCUCGCGCCCCGAACUGCUUCGACAAGUUCAGGAACAGAUCGAUGCCGUUGUCGGUGAAGACCGGACACCAACCUGGGACGACUUUCCAAAGUUACCAAUCGUCAACCAGUUGAUGAAGGAAGUCCAACGGUUCCGUCCCGUGGUUCCCAUUGCCUUUCCACACCGUCUCACAGAAGCCGUGCAGGUCGACGGGUAUACCUUGCCCAAGGACACCACCAUCGUGGUCAACCUUGCCGGGCUUCACUAUGACGACGCCAAAUUCGCCAAUGCCCAUGACUUUGACCCAAACAACUACAUCGGAAAACCCGGACUGGCGUCUGAAUACGCAAACGUGGCCGACUACGAGCUCAGGGACCACUACGGAUACGGGUUCGGCCGUCGACUGUGCCCGGGCAUUCAUCUCGCCGAGCGGUCGUUGUUCGUCACCUUUGCCAAACUGCUGUGGGGAUUCGACGUUGGCCCGGCCGAGGAUGCUUCCGGCGGUUUGCUUAUUCCGGACUACGACCUCGUGUCGGGGUACACGGACGGGGCCGUGGUGGUGCCCCAGAAAUUCGAGUGCAGCAUCCAGGUGAGGUCGGAGAAGCGGAAAUCGACGAUACUGAGAGAGUUGGCGGAAGCCGAGAGGACCAUCUUCAGCCACUUCGAUUAGUCUCCCCUUAGGACACACAAGCAAAGGAAGAUUGUAAAUUUGCUGUCAGCACCAGACGAGUGCCAAGAGGGGGAGAGAAUGUCGAAUGAUUAAUAGUGAAAGCCUGCUCGUUAUGCUCGAAAAAGCGGGAAUGAUGGCUACGUUGUUUGAUUCCCCAUUCUGAUUCCCGAGUCUUGUUCGACAUUUGUCCUGGCGAUACUCUCACCACACAUUGUGAGGUGAUCUCGACUCUAGGGUGUUAAAUGA